CCCCCACUCAAUAAUUUUAAGCUUAUGCACUACACCACAAGCAGGCUGCACUCACUAGUCACUACUACUGCCUGCUUAGAGAUCAGCUAUAGCCAGCCAUUCUUCUUUUGUUCUCUUCCCUAACUCCAACUCACCCAAGAAUCUCCCUUCCCCCCUCUCUCUCUCCUUCACCACUACUCUCUCCAAGCACCACAUUUUGUUUUCUUUUCCUUCUCUUCCACUUGCUUGCUGGUGUGGUGGUAUCAAGUAUACUAUAUAUAGUUUCAGUAUUCAUACAUCAAUGGUGGAAACAAGAAUCAUGUCUUCUCUCAUUACCAUCAUCAAGCUGCUGCUGUUUCUCGUCUGUCUGCAGCCAAGCUUCAGCUCUAGCAAUGGUGGUGUUUUCGUGGGGAAGAGAGUUCCUCUCCUUAAUCUGUUGGAAGAGCACAACCAGUGGAAGCAGCUGCUACUGAACAGCAGCUUCCAUGAUUCUGCUUCUUCUUCUUCUUCUUCUUCUUCUUCUUCUUCUUCUUCUUCUUCUUCUUCUUCUUCUUCAAGCUCAUGCCUUCCCCAGAAAUCAAGACAGGAAAAGGGAGCAACCAUCCUGGAAAUGAAGCACAGAGAUUCCUGCUCAUCAUCAGGAAAGCCGCACACAAUCCAAGACUUGAGCAAGAAGCUAAAAAGAACCCUAAUACUAGACAAUGUCAGAGUCCAAUCAAUUCAGUCUCGGAUUAAAAACACCACCUCUCUUGUGAAACAAGACACUGCGAUGCCAACAACAACAACUCAAAUCCCAUUGGCUUCAGGAAUAAAGCUGCAAACCCUCAACUACAUAGUCACAGUACAACUCGGAGGGAAGCAGCUUACAGUGAUAAUGGACACUGGAAGUGACUUGACAUGGGUUCAAUGCCAGCCAUGCAGAUUCUGUUACAACCAGAAGGACCCUCUAUUCAACCCUUCCAUCUCUCCUUCUUUCCGCAGAAUCCCCUGCAAUUCAUCAGCUUGCGACUCCCUUCAGUUUGCAACUGGCAACUCGGGCGCAUGUGGCAGAAACCAGCAAACCUGCAACUAUUACGUUAGCUAUGGGGAUGGCUCCUACACGGGAGGCGAUCUAGCCACUGAACAGCUGAAAUUAGGAGGUCAAACUGAACCAGUCAGUAAUUUCGUGUUUGGUUGUGGAAGGAACAAUAAGGGCUUGUUUGGAGGAGCUUCAGGAUUAAUGGGGAUGGGAAGGAGCCAGCUUUCGUUGGUCUCUCAAUCUGAAUCCAUUUACAGUGGUGUUUUCUCCUACUGCUUGCCAACAACAGCACCUGAUGCUACUGGCUCAUUAGCAUUUGGUCCCAAUACUUCAGUUUACAGCAACUUCACCCCAAUUUCUUAUACCAGAAUGGUCAAUAAUCCCCAGCUCCCAACUUUCUACUUCCUCAACCUUACUGGGUUGUCCAUAGGCGGAAAGGAUCUCCAGGGUUCCGGAUUCGGAUCUGGGAUUCUGAUUGAUUCUGGAACAGUCAUAACAAGGCUUCCUCCUUCAGUUUACAGUGCUGUGAAGGCAGAGUUUCUGAGGCAAUUCUCUGGUGUUCCAACUGCUCCUGGCUUUUCGAUCCUGGACACUUGCUUCAACCUGACAGGGUAUCAGGAGAUUGAUGUCCCUACCAUUAGCAUGAACUUUGAAGGGAAUGUGAAGCUGGAGGUUGACUUAACAGGGGUUUUCUACUUUGUCAAGGCGGAUGCAUCUCAGGUGUGCCUUGCGAUGGCAAGUCUUGCCUAUGAAUAUGAGAUUGGGAUAGUGGGGAACUAUCAGCAGAGAAACCAGAGGGUUGUUUAUGAUACAAAAGAGUCAAUGGUGGGAUUUGCAGCAGAAGCUUGCAGUUUCAGCUGA